AUGGUUUCAAGAGUAUUUCGAGCUCUACCACUCGGCAGAGUGAGAUUAGCAGUUCCCGAAGAUGUUCCAGCAAUAUUGGGAUUGGUGAACGAGUCUAUGUCAUUAAACUUUCGUAUAGAUGGAACUUCGGAUAUAAUGCACCUUCUGGAGAAUUGUGUUUUGUCCAUCUGUCAAGUCGAUAUAAACGACACGAUAGUUGGCUUUCUGGCUGUUAAGGACCACCCACUGCAGCCGUCAGUGAACCCUGCUGCUUGGGAGGACUUCAUUUGGAGUAAAUUUAAAUCCAUUGAAUUGAAUUCAAGAAACACCCUAUUCAUCCAUCUCCUGUGCUGGAACCCGAUCUAUGCGCGGGAGCUAGUGGAUAAUAUGCUUAAGAGUAUCUUCAUGCACGAUUCUUAUUUGCAGUAUAUUGCUGUUAUACGUACUAUAAUUGAACACCCCUUAUUAGUGCCAGGUCAGUCCCGUUCUGAAGCCUCGUUUAGACGGGUACAGGCUAUGGAAAGGGGAAUCCCCGGGGAUCAACUACCCACUUUGCUCAUCGCCGAGAGGGGUGAAGUUAGCCCAAAACUUAAGAUCAGAAGAGCAGUCGAAGAAGAUAAUGACGACAUAGUACCUAUCAUAGAGCAACAUUCUUUACGGUUAAGGCAACUUUAUGGGGAUUUUUAUGUCAGUGAGUUAAUAUCGAGACAUCCGGAAUCGGAGAGAGCUUUGCUUGUAUGCGAGCAUAAAGAAAUUGCAGUUGGCGUGAUGUGUCUGAACACCGAAAUCAACUUUGAAGAGCUGGAGGAAAGCUUUGAUCUGUCACCCUUCGCUGGCUUGAAGCGGUUGGAUAAAAUAGUACAGUCGGAGGAGAAAUUUGUACCGGAGACUUCAAAUUUAAGCCUGUUAGAAGAAGCAAAGGAACCUCAAAAAGAAACUUCUUUUACCAGCGCUGCUUCGAGAGAGACGAAGUCAAGGGUGACUUGGAUUUUCGAUGAAGACGAAUUUACAAAGUUCAAAGAGCAAGACAUACAUCCGCCCCGCCCCUCUCAACCUGGUCAAUACUCGCAAAUGGAGAUCUUGAACUUCUUCCAAGAUGAACCACCCGAGAUGGAAUAUGAUAUAGUCAAUAUUGAACCUGACUUGAUCAAAGUUCCGAAGUUCUUCUACGAUAAACUUAGUGAUGGAUUAGACGAUAAAGCCAAAAUACGUCGUACAGAGUCAUUCUAUGACAACAAAUAUCUUGAUAAGGAUAUAGGCAAGAAGUCAUCCGAGUUUCCUGUUGUACCGCCUGCGAAGCCUCCAGGACCGAUUCGAUAUCACGGCGCUUCAAACGCCUUCCUUUUGGAAUUAUUUGCUAUGCACCACGAUUAUGAUGAACGAGAUGUCCGAGUUCGGCCAGCAGAACUAUAUGAUGCAGUAAGCUUGGGCGAUGUUCUAGAAAACUCUCUCAGAAAGCAGGAGAUCUUGGAUCUGUUUCAUGAUAGUUUUGAAAUCCAAACGCUGUCUUCUUUCGCCCUACUCAGUCAAAAUCAACCUAUUGGUUUGGUGAUACUUGGUCCUCUUGAUGAUACAACUACCAUAAGAGCCCAGUACGAAUUAGAGUCUGAACCUUAUAAAUAUGGAACUGACGCGGCGAUUCUGGCUGGAAUUAUGUCACCAGUGAUGGAGCCUCACGGACGUUGGUAUUUACGGGAUUUGAUUAGGCACACGAGAUAUACAACGCUGUUCUACGCUUGCAGACUUUUCGCUAAAGGCGACGCGAGUCCAAGCAGACAUUUGAUGUCUUUGUCGAGUCAAAUGCGACCAGUGUCCCCUCGACAGUUCUUUCCCAUUGUCAAAGGAAAUAAGGAUCUUGAAGUGAUCUUUAGGCCUAUGUCCACACCUUUUGCCCUGUGGACUUUAGAGCGACCUUUGACAAGCAUGCCCAAGGUUUACGUUAACAAUAGUAUCGUGGUCGUGGGAGCGAGUCGAACUGGACUGUCGUUUAUUGAAUCACUUUUUAUGGGACCUAGCGCCCAAUACCUUAGUUUUACAAACAUAACUCUGGUAUCUGAACAUGGUCUACCAACUGUGCCAGAUUGUCUGAAGGCAGCGGAGAUCUGUGUGCCAAGAGACGGUCGCUUCACAGAUAGAUACAUCAAGAGUGUGCCAUUCUAUUACUAUGUGGACGUUCUCUCGGGAGUUAUGGCUAAAAUUGAUAGAAAAAAGAAAUGCAUCCACUUAAAAGAUGGAGGCAUAAAAUUCUAUGAUGAGCUAGUAUUGGCCUGCGGUCAGCAAUUCCAGCAUCCGGAUUACUUGAAGGAAUCAACUGAUACUGGUACAGAUGUGAAAGCGUCGAAGUUCUGCGAUCGGUUGCCUAUGGACGAUAUCCGAUACCAACCGGACAGGGUCCCACCGCCCCCGGAGUUGCCUGACAAUGUUAUGCUGAUCAACUCCUUGUUUGAAGCGAAUUCCUGCCUUAGAAAACUUUUGGCUCUGAUAAAAGAGACUAAGCACUCUGACAGUUGUUUGAGCGAAGACAACAAGAUCGUGGUUUACGGGGACUGUGUAGAAGCGUACAGUUGUAUUGCCGCUCUCUUGGAACUCGGUAUAAGCGCGAGGACAAUAGCUUUUGUGGAGCCUUUUCCACCUGAAGAUGAUACUAAGAUGAGAGUCAAUUGCUUUAAUAAUGAAACGGUCGACGAGCGGGUGCAGCUAUCACUGAAGAAGUUGAAGAUUCAAGUCUACAGAAGGACUUAUCUGUACGGUUGGUGGCAAAAGGAUGACCGAGUGGAAACUAUUCGACUUAUUUCGCCGCUCACCGCGUUGCAUUUGCCGUGUUUCGCUCUGUUUUACUAUGGAUUGAGAGCGAUUGAUGUCUACGCAUUUAAAGCGAUAAACGAGUGUGGUCUAGUGUAUGACGGUGGUUUGGUGGUUGGGCCCAACUUCGAUACGAACGAUCCACACGUUUUUGCGGCUGGACCGUGCGUCCGUUAUUCUAGAAAGCUCUACGCUAAUAAUAGAUUGCAUAAAUAUUACACUUCAGAGGAUGUGGGAGAAGCGAUGGCGCGAAUGUUUCUUCGCAAACUGGAUCCGUUUAUGACGGGCGUCAAUGAGACAGAUUCGUCGUCAGGGGAGGUUAUGCAACGAUCUAGUUUCGGUUCCAGUUUAUCUGCAUUCAAAGAGUCACAUGCAAGUGUCGCUAGUGGUAUACGUCUUUCAGCGAGUGCUAUUAAAGGACGCUGGCAGCCAGUCCCAAAGUUCGAUUCUCCGUUGGCUCAAACGGCGACAUUACCAGGACCUUUGUACUACUUGAUCCUAAGGAGACCAGGCCCUGAAAUACCUAUGGCAGUGCAAUUAGUACUUCCUCAUCAGGGACACACACUGAUAACAGAUAAGAACGAGAACUACUUCCGUCUCCAAAUCAACGCGUUGCACACCAUAGAAGCUAUCACCUGCCUCUCCAAGAAGAAAUUUUCUUCGGAGACAUUCAUCUUGCUGUACGGAAGACACGAAUCUUAUUUCAAUAAUUUGUUGGCUAGGUUUGAGUUAAAUCUAAUAGAUGAUUUCUACGACUUUUUCAACAAGCCGUGGAUGUCUGCUUUAUACCAAGAAGCAUUUCAAGAUCUGUUGGUGAAAAUUAAAGAGCACGGAAUCGAUACGGUUCACGAUUUUAUGAAGUCAAAGUACAAUGAGCUACUCGAUGGCGUUUUGGAAACAAACCUCAAUUCCUCAUCCUGCUGUGCUGUGACUUGUAGUGGAGAUAGAUCAAAGGAGUGCGGACAGAACGCAGCGCUACGCCACGAGGCGGCUGUUUUCUGGCGAUCGAUAGGCGGUGAGCAGAUCGUCGGAUCGCAUCUGGCGGCCUACCUCCGCCGGAACAACGUCACCAACCCCCAGUACGCUCUUGCACGGAAUGAGUUUAUUUAG